AUGAGUUCCCAGCGAGCGAAACUUAUAUUAAAGUUAGCAAAAACCAAAGCAAGAGUAGAGAAGAAAGAGAAUGGUGCGCAGGAUAGUUGGAAAAUUUCGCAGCAUAAUAAUAUUGGCAAUACGAGCAGUACUGCAGAGGAAGCUGUUAAUAGCGUCACGGUCAAUAAAGAGUCCCUAAACAUGAUUGAAAGUAAUAAUAUCCGCAAUAGUUUAAAAGAAGCCAAAAAUGCAACCGAAGAUAAGAAUAAUAUAGAGUCUGUAAAUCAGAUCGAUCUGCCAAGCCAAAACGUUAUCUCCCAAACGACAAUCAUUCCUGGUAUCAUCUUUGAUGAGAGUUCAGAAGAUAUUGGAGGUGUUACAUUAAUAAAUAGAACUCGAUCUCAGGGCUUACUUAGAGCGGAUGAAUAUAAAGAAUUCCCUAGCAGUAAUGGUCCUAGCAGUGAGCUAAUAGAAGAAGAAGCCACUUCUUCUGAAGUAUUUUCUGUUGAACCUGCAAUUCAAACAAAUAACAAUUCAAGUAGUAGGUCCUCAAGUGAUUCGGACCCAACCAGUUCUGAAGAAGAACCUUUUGGUUCUGGUGCUUCAGAAGAAGAUCCUGAUUUUGAACCAGAAAACAUAUUGUCUUCCAGUGAAUCCGAAGUAGAUGGUAUACCUCAAAAUGUAGCUUUACCAAUACGUCGUUCAGUGCACUAUCCUUCUGAAACAGAGAAGCAAACUAAAAAACGAAAAAGAGUCCCAGAUGAAUGGCAAAAGAAUAAAGCGUGGGGAAAAAUGCCGCUUAAAGUGUUCCACCAAAAUCUCACAAGAUCAGAGGCAAAAAAUUUUUGAAGAAUAUUGGCAAUUAGGAGAUGUCCUGCAACAACGUGGAUUUAUAGCAGGCCGAAUGCUUACUAUUAAGCCAAAAUAUAGAUAUCAGAAAGGCGAAAAUAGUAGACGUCUAAAUUCUAGUUUCUUCUUCGACCUUGAUGGACAAAAUAUUCGAAUCUGCAAACAAUUUUUUAUGUCCACGUUAGGUAUUAGCAGUAGAGUUAUUCGAACGGUUACAGAAAAACAAGAUUCGAUGACUAAAGGAAUUCUUAAACAAGAAAUGAGAGGAAAACACACCAACCACUAUUCAUUUUCCAAUGGCAUAAAAGAAGAUAUUAGAGCCCACAUCAAUUCUAUUCCAAGAAUUCCCAGUCAUUAUUGUAGGUCGCAAACUAAAAAGGAGUAUAUUGAA